CUGUGACCCAGGAGUGGCUGCACCAUGACUGUCUCUGCGCCGAACCCCACCAGACUCACAGGCAGCAUCUCUGGCUUCCUGCAAGUGGCCUCCGUGCUCGGCUUGCUUCUGCUGCUCCUCAAAGCGGUCCAGUUCUACCUGCAGAGGCAAUGGCUACUCAAGGCUUUCCAGCAGUUCCCAUCCCCACCCUUUCACUGGUUCUUUGGACACAAGCAGUUCGAGGGUGAUCAGGAGAUACCGCUGUUUAUGAAGGCUGUGGAGAGCUUCCCAAGUGCCUUUCCACGCUGGGUAUGGGGGAACCAAGCUUACUUUAUUGUCUAUGACCCAGACUACAUAAAAUUGAUUCUAGGGCGAUCAGAUCCAAAGGCACAUGGAGCCUACAAAUUGCUGGCUCCUUGGAUUGGCUAUGGUUUGCUCUUGCUGAAUGGACAGUCGUGGUUCCAGCACCGGCGCAUGCUAACCCCAGCCUUCCACUAUGACAUUCUGAAGCCCUAUGUGAAAACCAUGGCUGACUCUGUCCGGUUGAUGCUCGACAAAUGGGAACAGCUGGCUGCACAGGACACCUCUAUAGAGGUUUUUCAACACAUCUCCUUGAUGACUCUUGACACCAUCAUGAAGUGUGCCUUCAGCCACAAGGGUAGUGUCCAGGUAGACAGAAAUUAUAACACCUACAUCCAGGCCAUUGUGGACUUGAAUAACCUAUUUUAUUCCCGUGUGAAAAACAUCUUUCAUCAGAAUGACACCAUCUACAGUCUGUCCUCCAAUGACCGCUUAGCCAACCGUGCCUGCCAACUUGCCCACGAUCAUACAGAUGGAGUGAUCAAGAUGAGAAAGGAUCAGCUGCAGGAUGAGGGAGAGCUGGAGAAGGUCAAGAAGAAGAGACGUUUGGAUUUUCUGGACAUCCUCUUGUUUGCCAGAACAGAGAAUGGGGAUAGUUUGUCUGACAGGGACAUCCGUGCUGAGGUGGACACAUUCAUGUUUGCGGGCCAUGACACCACAGCCAGUGGACUCUCCUGGAUCUUUUAUGCUCUGGCCACACACCCUGAACACCAACAGAGAUGCAGGGAAGAAGUUCAGAGUCUCCUGGGGGAUGGAUCCUUCAUUACCUGGGAUCACCUUGACCAGAUGCCCUACACCACCAUGUGCAUCAAGGAGGCCAUGAGGCUCUACCCACCUGCCCCAGGUGUUGUCAGAGAGCUCAGCAAACCUGUCACUUUCCCUGAUGGGCGCUCUUUACCCAAAGGUAUCUCAGUCAUGCUCUCCAUUUAUGCACUCCACCACAACCCGAAGGUGUGGCCAAACCCAGAGGUGUUUGACCCAUCCAGGUUUGCACCAGAUUCUCCCCGACACAGUCAUUCAUUCCUGCCCUUCUCAGGAGGAGCAAGAAACUGCAUUGGGAAACAAUUUGCUAUGAAUGAGCUGAAGGUGGGUGUGGCCCUGACCCUACUCCGCUUUGAGCUGCUGCCAGAUCACACCAGGGUCCCAGUCCCCUUACGACGAAUUGUGUUGAAAUCCAAGAAUGGGAUCUAUCUGCAUCUCAAGAAGAUCCACUAAUUCUGGUAGGGACAA